AUGGCCUCUGUGAAUAUAAAUGGCAGCAUUUUAUGCAAAAGGAGGACGAUUCCUUUGGUGGGUAAUUCAUCUCUUCCGUUUUUGCAACCGAGGUCCAGAGAUAUUCAAAGUUCCAUGAAUGAGGGAUUUAUCCGUCAAAGCUUAUUUAGAAAGGAAACCACUCCAUUUCCAAGGAAUGCAUCUCACAACAUGAGAGCCAAGAAAGAGAUCGUUACAGUCCCCAGGAGCAGUCCCUCAAACUCCACUGGCAGCACAGAAGAAUCUUCUGACCAGAUCAAGGUACCAUUUGGAUACUCGAGGAAGGAUGUUCUAUUGAUUGGACUUGGAGUGACUAUUGCUGGCUAUGGCCUAAAAACAGGACUGGAGUUCAUUGGAGUUGAUCCCUUACAGGCUGGGAAUGUUGUUCAGUUGGUCCUAGUCUUGGGUCUAACAGUGGGAUGGAUUUCAACAUACAUCUUUAGAGUAUCAAACAAGGAAAUGACAUAUGCUCAGCAAUUACGUGACUAUGAAGACAAAGUCAUGCAGAAGCGUUUGGAGGGCUUAACAGAGGCAGAGUUGGAAGCAUUGCUUGAACAAGUCGAGGAAGAAAAGAGACGCGUGACUAGUGGUGAGCAAAUUAACUAA